AGCGUCGGGCCGUCGGCUAUUUCAUACCGCCGAACCAAAUCCAACGUCCGCAGAAACCAAACUCCCGUCGAGGAGGAGGCGUCGACUUCCCAUAGUUUCCACUCCACUUCGAUCCUAUCGUAUCCUCCCCAAACACUCCACCAAGAACCUUUUCCCCCUCCAAUAAUAGUCCAAGUUACUCGGAGGAAUCCAUGUGCGGCGGUGCAAUCAUCUUCGACUACAUCCCGGCGCGGCGCCGGGUGUCCGCCGCUGACUUCUGGCCUGACUCCGAAGCCGACGCCGAGGACUCCGACUCGCACGCCCCUGACCCUGAGAGAGCUCCGCUGCCGACUGUCCCGUCCCGUGCAGUGCCGCGCCCGCGCGGGAAGGCGAAGCGUGGGCGCAAGAACCAGUACCGCGGCAUCCGGCAGCGGCCGUGGGGCAAGUGGGCGGCAGAGAUCCGCGACCCCGUGAAGGGCGUGCGCGUCUGGCUCGGCACCUACCCCACCGCCGAGGCCGCCGCGCGCGCGUACGACCGCGCUGCCAGGCGCAUCAGGGGCGCCAAAGCCAAGGUCAACUUCCCCAACGACGCCUCCUCCUCCAGCGUCACCGCGCCGACGGCGGCAUCUGGGGUGGCGGCACAGGCCCCGGCCGUUUUUCUCCCGGCGCCCAAGGUAGAGGCGCGCGCACAGGUGUCCGACGAGGUCAAGGAGCUGUCCGAGGAGCUAAUGGCCUACGAGAACUACAUGAACUUCCUCGGCGUCCCGUACAUGGAGGGCGGGAAUGCAGCUGUAAGUGCCACCACCGCUGCCGCUGCCGCUGCCGCCGUCCCCGAAGAAGCGCAGGUGCCGGCGCCAGCGCCAGCCGGGCUGUGGAGCUUCGAGGACUACUACUACCCGCCGUCACUGUCGCUCUUCACUGAAUAAUGAACGCGGUUUGCCGUGCCUGUGUUGUUAUCUCUUUUGUAUCUGUGGCUCGCGAGUUGAGGCAUGUAAACAAGCUUUGCAGUUUUUUUUUUAACUCCGGUCUGUGCUUCUCAGCAGCUCGCUGCGGUGCAGAGGAAUCUGUUUCAUUCUGUUCGUGAUUGAAACUAGUUUUACGGUUACAACGCGCAGAUGGAGGAUCGUCGGACACUCGGACCAUUGUAACAAGGCUUGCAUACCAUUUGGAAGAUUUUACCAUACUGAAUUGGCGA